UAUUUUUCUUGCCAUUGCAAAUACAUUCAUCGGACUGACAAAUAAGGGUCCUAUUAAAGUGAUCUCAUACACCCGGGAUCUUAGUCUCCUGUUCAGACAUGCAUAAUUUGUAGCACUGAACACAGAUGGGUGGGGUAGUAUUGUUUUGAAGUUCAUUUACUGAUAUAGAAAGGGUGCAACAAUGAAUCUGAGUUUUCCAGGGAGUCCCAGUCCCCUGGGACGUCCACCUAUGUCCCCAGGGGCACAAAUGCCAAAGCUGGUGCAAGAUACAGAACUUCAGAAAUUACUAGCUGAUGAAAAGAUGAGAAGCCAGAUGCACAAAACAAACUAUGAACAAUUAAAGGAUGAAAAUAGAAGGUUACAAGAUGAGUACAACAGUUUGGAAGAAGAGAUAAGAAGAACAAUAGAGGAAAGUAAGAUUGUACAAGAGAAAUACAAGUCCAUGUAUGAGGAUAGUAGACGUGAGGUGGCAGAUAAACAAGCCAUGCUUGAGGACCUUAGAAAUAAGACUGUGACACCACAAAAAUUGGACAUGAUAAAGAUGCAGGUGAGUGAUGAGCUUGAAAGAUCAUACAGAGAGAAGUACCAGAAACAGGAAAGCGAGAUCGAAGAGCUGCGGAGUAUGUGUAACAAAUACAAGCAUGAGUUAUUCUUCCUCAAGUCAGAGUAUGAGCAUGAACAAGCUGAAAGUCGACAAAUUCUUGCCGAGAUGAAAUUACAGCAUGACGCUGAGGUAACAAAUCUAAGAAAGGAACGUGAAUCCACUAUCAUCAAGAUCCAGUCAGAGGGCUCACAAGAUUCCCAGAGGGUACGAGUUCUUCAACGUGAGAAUGCUCAGCUCCACCUCAAAAUCAAAGGCCUCAUGACAGAAAUGGAUGAAGUUCGAGCCAAUCGUGAGAAGAUAGGUUCAGAGUCUGAGAGUCAUGUACGCAUUCAGGGAAAACAGAUAACUGAACACCAGGCUACCAUCAAAUCUCUCGAGGCAGAGAGGGAGUCACUGCGCCGACAGGUGGAAACUUUGUCUCGCGAUUUCUCAGGAACCGCUGACACACACAAUAAGCUGACACUGCGUAUACAUGAGCUAGAGAAGGAGAACAUGGUCUAUAAGAAUCGAGCGGAGGAGGUUACACAUAAGAGUAAGGUUGACCUCACUAACCUCAAGAUGGAUAUGUUGAAACAGAGGGGAGAUCUCGAGAGGGAGAGGGAUAAACUAUCAAAUCUUGUUGAAGAUUUGCAAGUGAAAAUAGACAUAGCUAAGCACACAAUACAACAGCAGGACCAAGCCUUGGUCGACAAGGAGAGGGACUGUGUACGUAGAGUACAGGCAGCCAGAGAGGAGGAGUUUGAAAAGUUUGCCAAAGUUGAAAACGAGAAGUUGGAACUUGAGACUAAAAUUCAAGAGAAUGAAAGAAGGAAAAUAGAUGAGGAUGCAUACAGACAAGCAGAACGUGAGAAGAUGGAAGAACGAGUAGGAGCUGCCAUGGAAGCCAAAGACUCAGCAGAGAAAGAACUACUAGUCAUACAAUCUAAGUUGUCACAUCAGCAGUCUUUAUUGGACCAGCUGGAAAGAGAACGAACAGAAAACUCGGAAUUAAAAAGUAAAAUUGCUAAAGUCGAAACUGAACUCAGUAGUUACCUUGGUAAUGAACACGAUAUGACAGAUGAAAACAUUCGUAUGAGAAAUCAGGUGGAAUUAUUACGAGAAGAACUCAAGUUAACUAAAGAACAAUAUCAUAAAGCACAUGAAAAUCAUGAGCGAAUACUUGCCCAAUCAAAAUCGGCACUAGUGGAUGAGAAAACGAGAUUAGAAUUACGGGUACAAGAACUUGAAGAUAAACUUGCAGAUUCUACAAAGAAGUAUGCAAAGGCUGUUUCAGUUUAUAAAAAGUACAAGAGCCGGAGUUCUAAAGUUAUAGAGAACUUAAAAUACAAGUCACAGAUCUUGGAAGCUAAGAGAGAAGAAGUGGAACUAGAAAAAAAGGCAUUACAGUCAUGUGUACCUCAAGAUACUUACAAUAAUCUCAAAAAACAAUUGAAAGAUCUACAGCGUCGACAUACAGAGUUCCGUAAAGUUCUAGUUACCCAGGGAGUACAGCACGUGCCUAUAGGAGAUAUGUCUUUCGCUUCCAUCAACUUAGAUGCUACAGUACUCCCUAACUAUAGCUUCAAUGAACAGGAAAGGCGACACCAAGAAGAUCUGAAAUUAUUGCGUCAACGUUUAGACCUACUCGAUGAUAAUCAACAACAACAGCUAGAUGAGUUUCAAGAAAUAGCUCACAGUACCCUGCGCAGUACACACCACGAUGAUUUUGAGAACACCAGUAAAGAAAAGAUAGACAUUGAGAAAGCUACCUCACCACCACCUACCUAGCAUUUACUUUGUUGUCCCGCUGUACAUUUAAUACUGUAAAACACUUCAAAUUUGGUCAGAUUUUAUUUUGCUAAUUUAGAUUUAUUCCGCUAAUUUGCUCUUUAUUUGUUUACAAAAUGAUGAAUUUGUUCUGUUUUGUAAUUAGAAACUGGAAUUUUAUUUGGAUAUACCAUGUAUAUACUCAAACUUUGAAUUUGCAAGGUAUAAAACUAACAAAUAUUUGUUAAAUUAAAGUUUUUGCCAACAAUAAGUGUUCUACAGUAUUGAAUUAGGAUUUUUUUUGCCAACUUUUAUACCUAAGUUUUAUGGUUGUUUUUAGCUCACCUGUCACGUAGUGGCAAAAUUUUCUAUUUUGGCCCUUUCACUAUAUAGAAGUUUCAUUUAUGCUUUGAUUUGAUACAAAGUUGCAUAGAAUGUUUAUCUUGAUGAUCUCUAGGCCAAGUUUGAAACUGGGUCAUGUGGGGUUAAAAUUAGGUCACCAGGUCAGAUCAAAGGAUAAGUUUAACACCCUAGAGGCCACAUUUUUGACCCUAUCUUCAUGAAACUUGGUCAGAAUAUUUAUCUUGAUCAUUCCUAGGCCAGGUUUGAAACUGGGUCAUGUGGUGUCAAAAAGUAGGUGACCUGCUCAAGUCAAAGGAAAAAGCUUGUUAACACUCUAGAGGCCAUAUUUAUGAAACUUGGUAUGAAUGUUUAUCUUGAUGAUUCCAAGGCCAAGUUUAACAAGUGAGUGAUAUAGGGUCACCAUGAUUAGUUCUUUUGAAACAAUGUAACAGAGAGGAUUGUUUAGUUUUAGGCAGAAGUACAAGGAAAGAAGGAGAACAUCAUCAAGUUAUUUGGAACAUUUUCUGUGUCUACAUUAAAUAGAUAAAGUCUGAUACCAAAACAACAUAUGAGCCGCGCCAUGAGAAAACCAACAUAGUGGCUUUGUGACCAGCAUGGAUCCAGACCAGCGCAGUCUGGUCAGGAUCCAUGCUGUUCGCUAACAGUUUCUCUAAUUGCAAUGGGCUUUGAAAGCGAACAGCAUGGAUCCUGACCAGACUGCGCGGAUGCGCAGGCUGGUCUGGAUCCAUGCUGGUCGCAAAGCCACUAUGUUGGUUUUCUCAUGGCACGUCUCAAUUAUUUUUGCAAAAAUACAGUAGCAUUACAUUGUUCAGUUGUUACUUAUUAAUACAGUUACGGUUUCUCAGUAUCAGCAGUUAAAAUAUAAAAGUGUUCUGUGAGGCGUUGUGAGAUAUUUUUGCAUUACAAUAGUAUGUUAUUCUGUGAUAUCUUAUAGUCUUUUUUAUAUUAAGUAAGAGAUGUGAACAUAAUUUUGUUGAUUUCAAUGCAUUUUAUAUUCACUCCUUGAAUUACUGUAAAAUUGGGGUUUGGGUAUGUUAAUUGCUAUUUGCCAAAUUUGUCCGCAUGUUUGUUACACUGCAAUACAGUAAAUCUUUUAGCCUACCAGUGGCAAGUGAUUCUGCCUUUGUGUCCAGUGCAGACCAAGAUCAGCUGCACAUCCACGGUCUGCACUGUUUGCCAUUCAGUCAGUAAAUUUUCAGUGAACACCCCUUAGAAUAACAAAUGGUACUGCCCAAAUUGAAUGAUGGACCAGUCCAUUUUAGAAAUGUAGCAGGGUAAUGGUUAAACAAUUUAAAUCAAGAGCUAAAUCAUUCUGACAGUCCCAGGAAUGGCAGUUAUGUUACAAGAUGAUGGCAUGGAGGCAGCUAGCAAUGGGCAGUUAGAAAGCAGCAAUAAGAAAAUGUCAUUUAAUAUUCUAGGAGUCAGGACUAUUGCAAACUACAUGUCACACUCGGCAAAUAAUUGUUUUGAAGGUUUUGAUCCAUGUUUCUAAAGGGUGCUUGCUGAAAAUGGAAUUCACAUAAGAAUUGCUUACUGGAUGCGUAAAAAUUGUAAUUUUGUAACAACUGACAUUUGGUAUUUGGCACUUACCAACCUGCAUUCCAUAAAAUACUGAAGAUUUAUUAGUUGGUGUUGUGAAGUUUCCUUUACCAUAUUUAUUUCUAUAAACAUGUUGAUAUUGAAUAUUGUGCUACUGAGAUUAUGUUUUUUUCUAAUUUAACUAUUGUCUUAAGUUACAUGCUACUAGGACUAUUUUGUUGUAUUUUUUUCAAAUGCCUGUUUGUUAAUUAUAUAAAUGUUUCUGGUUUGAAAAGUAUUUAAAAACUAUUUAAAUGAUCAAUCCUAUCGCGAAAUAUACAGAAUUUUUGUAGCCCGGAUGAAAUAUUUGGCAAAUUAGGGGCAACGUAUUACUUUGAUUAAGAACAAGUGUAUAUUUCUCAAUACUUGUACAUUUCUUUUAGUAAGUAAGUGAUAUAUUGUCUAGAGUUGUAGUCUUUUGUUAAUUCUUUACGAACAAACUACUAAUUUUAGGAGCACUGGUUUUGACAUUUUAAAUUUUUAACAUUAUUUGAGGGUGUAGUGCCUGAUUAAACAGAAAACGUUUGUGAUAAAUUUGGAGGAAAAAUUGAGAAUUAUUACUUCUUUAAAAUCGAGGAAUUUCUUUUCACAAUAUUUGCCAAUUGUCCUUCUAUGAGAAAAUAAAUACAAAUGUAUGUUACUUGUAAGGUAAUAUUUGGCGUAUUUUGGCUAAUUAAGGUGCUACUAUAUAUAUAAUACACAGACUUGUAUUUUUUAUUGCAGGUUGUGCCUUAAUUAUUUGAUAACCAUAAUUUAUUACAUCAGGUUUUUAAUGUGACGUUAUUGCAGAUUUUUUUUUGAAGGCAGAUUAUUUCUUUUGAAAUCAUUUAUAUAUGUGUAUAUGUAUACUAAAUCUUUGGAACUUAUUUCAAAAUAUUCUAACUUAAAAAUGAUGUGAACCAGGUCAUGCAAGUGAAAUUUUUCUAAGCAGUUACAAAAGAUAAUGAAUUACAUGUCUUUUUAUAUUGUCAUGUAAGUGCAUUUUUCAUUUCUUUUAGAGCAAUAAUUGUUAUAAGUAGAGCUUUAAACAGCAGCCAUCAAUGUUCUGGUGCUUUUGAAUGCUAUCUUUGUGAUUAUAAAAUGUUUGAUACUGCAAGCAUCUGUUAAUUUAGGAAGUAAUGGAUGUUUUAGUAACUUACAUAUGUUGUAUUUUUGAAAACUUGAUAGGUGUGGAGAAGUGUUAAAUAAGAACAGUAAAGUUUUUGUUGACAUUAAAUGGUUAUAGUGACAUUGUUAGAUAAUGUCAACUGUACUAGAGUAUUAAUGAUUUUUUUUUAAAUACAUCAAACUGUUUCAAAAGAUAGUAAUAACAUUUUUUCAAUAACUCGAUCUUGAUCAUGUUUUUAUCUAUAUAAAGAGGUUGUAAUAAUUUUAUAUAUGUAUAUACUUUAUAAUACAGAACAUGGUAAUGAAAUUUAAAUUUCUUGUACAAUUUGAAAUGUAUCUUGUAGAGUAUUUCUUUGUUAUGAAAUAAACUAUAGCAAUACUUACCAUA